AUGGCUUCUAUUUCUUCAAACAUAACACCCCAUAGUCAUGUCAGGUCCAUCAGCUUACCAUCUACAUCAGACCAGCAAUCCGUAUUCAAUGAGUUUUACAGAUUUCAAGCUUCUCAAGAACCCACCUCAUCUUGUUCGUCAUCAUCAUUCGUAGGCGAUAAACUAAAUCGUCUGAACGAUAUGUAUGAAUCCAUCCAACCAUUCCUUUCAUUUCCAUCUACUAAACACUCUUUAGCCCAAGGGUGCCACAAAGAACAGCUAAACAAGUUUUUAGAUGAACUUCUUGGGCUUUUGGAUCUGUGUAGCACCACCAAGGAUGCCUUGUUAAUAUCGGUGGAUAAUGCCAAAGAACUCCAGUCAGUGAUUCGACACAAAAAAGGCAAUAAUCAUGGGCUGACAACCUCAUUGGAGGCCUAUCUGUCACAGAGGAGAAAAGUGAAGAAGGUCGUUUGUAAAACAUUGUCAGGUUUGCAGAAGCAUUGUUCUUCUUCAGUCAAGGAAGGCCAGAGAACAAAAUCAAACAUCAAUAUGUUGAAGGAAAUGAGAGUAAACACAAUGGAAGUGUUUGAGUCCUUGUUGACUUUCAGUCUUGGAUCAAAUACACAGUCAAAACCGAAAGGCUGGUCUUUGGUGUCGAAGAUGAUAGGAAGCCAGCGUGCACAGUGCCAUCAAACACUAGAAGAAACUGAAGUUAAGAAGGUGGAUCAUGAAGUACACUCUCUAAUCACGUACAAGAAAACAAAAUCAGAUUACUUAGUGUUAGACCAUAUACAAGAAGGGUUAGCAGAAAUGGAAUUUAGCCUCCUAGAUCUCAGUGAACAAGUAGAAUGCCUUUUCAGACACUUGAUCAAAACAAGAGUGUCAAUUCUAAAUAUCCUUAAUUGCUAG